AUGGCCCGGAGUGAAUCCCCUAUCAUUGUUCCCCAGCAGACCAAGCUUCCCUUGAUCAAGGCUGAAAUAACAGUCCUCAAGGCCCAUCUGGAGGACUGCCAAAGGAAAAAGGCAUGUACCAGUACUUACAAGGAGUGGUUGUACAACCAAUCUUGCCGGAAAGCUCCAAAGCCUCUCAUCAAGUAUGGCAAGAAAUGGACAGGUCACCAAGUGUUGGUUGAGCAGAACAAGGCCCGAAUCCGAGAGGAGACUGGAGAGACUCCUGGGAGUGAGGGGAUGAUUGUCAAGUGGCCGGAGGCUACAAAGACUGUUCUAGCAGGUCUGUCGGCAGAGGAGAAGGAAGAGGCAAAAGUGGUUGCAGACAAGUGGAACAAUGAAGCUGCUCCACCUGAAAUCCAGGCCAGUGUAGCUGAAAGCAAAGGAGCUGACAUGAUAGAGCAUUUCGCCACCAAGAUGUUCAAGUAA